UUAAUGGGGAGGAAUUUGAAGAUAUAUGGCAACGAGGUUCAUCUGGAGAAGGGGACUGGGAAGAAACCGAUUUAUCGCAACAAGAUCGAGAAAAGUCCUUCUAUAUACAAAAAGAAAGCACAUAACUUGCACUUUUAAAAGGAAAGAGUUGUCAAACCUCAUGAAUUGAAGUGAUGAUAGUGCAUUCAGCAUUAAGAGAACGCUAAAAGAGCAGCUUAAAUUUGAUUGUGCGGCUGCUGCCUAUUCUACACCUCAGAACGAUCAUGACUACUAUACAUCAUUUAAUAAGUAUAAGAUCAAUAACGAGACUUCACCUAGAAGGCUCAGGAAGGUCACAAUGCACAGUGACAUUCCAAUAUCAGAUACCAAGAAGAGGUCGAUGAGUAUUGAUGAGCAGUUCCAAAAGCACAAUCAAAGCAGUAACCCUAAUUUGCUUGGAACUAAUGACAGGACCACUGGGAGUGAGAUAUCCAGACCUCAGAUGAUCUCCAAAAGCUCUAAGAAGAGGCUCACUUCUAAAAAGGAGAUACGUAAAAUUUUCCGAAAAUUGAGGAAAAUCAAAUUAAAUCCAGAAAGCCUCUAUUUCUCAAACUGUAAAUAAACUGACUGAUGAGUUUAUCAAGGAAGGGAAGCUCAAGAGUGAACAAGAGACCACUGCCUUUAAGAAUGCCAUCAAGAAUUGUAAAAAUCUGAAAAGCUAUCAGAAGAUGCCAUCUAUUCUGAGGGAUAUUAAGAAAGGAAAGUCUAACUUCGAAGAUAGUCUUACUAUCCUUCAGAACUUGAGGGAUAAAGUAGCCAAAGAUAUAUAAUAAUCGAAGAAGAAGAGCAAGAGAACGACCCGAUGCAAGAACUAAUCGACGCUGCCAAGCUCACUAAGAAAACUCACCACAAAUUUUACUCUCCGUUCGGUAAGAAGAUGAUGCAUGGUUCUUGAAGUCAAGAAAUUGAGAAGCAUAUUAAUGAUAAAGAAGCCUAUAUGGCUCCUUUGGAGACGAGGAUUAAGAUAAUGGCAAGUUUGUUGACCAAUACGCCUAAUGAGAGGAAGGUUAAGGGAGGGUUGGAGAAAUUUGGAGAUGAAAAGGAGAUGAGUAAGCUGAGUGGGAAUAUGCUGUCAGAAGCAAUUUUUGAAGAGAAUUCUUCAAAAGGAAGCUCAAAAGGGGAUUUGUCUAAAAUGCUGAAUCGUCCGAAGAGAACAGCAAGCAAAUCGGUGAUGAAGCCUACUUACUCUUCUCUCAAUAAGGAGUUUAAAUAACUCCAGAAUCGAGAGUAAUUUACUUUACCUUAAGAGGAAAUUAAGAUCUAUGAAAAUUCAGGAAAAAGAUAAAGUAAGCAGUGAUUCAUCAGAGUACGGUAAAGACCUCAAGAAGGCCAAUAAUAAGAGGCUUUUGCAUGACAUGAAAGUUAUUAAGAAGAUAUUUGAGAAGAAAUCAGAAAACAGUUUGCCAAGCCUGACAAAGAGCAGGAGCGGAUCUCUCUUGAAGAGAAUUAUCUUUAGCUGUCAUUCUUAUGAAAAUCUUUCACCAAGAGAUCAGAUUAAAAUAGAUGAGGAUAGCUGAAUAGAAGAUAUUAAGCACAGACAUUACUAUAACACUAUUGACAAAAUUGAUCCAGCCCUGCAUUAUAGGGAGAUGAAGAAGAACUUUGACUACCAGAUGUUCGCCUACAAGCAGCAAAUUAUCCAUCAAGAUGAGAUCUCUCAGGAAUAUCGAAGUGGAAUUAUGGACCCCUGAAGAACUGUAGCUAUGUUCGAACGGACUAGGUCAUUGUAUAAAAUGCUAAUGAACUCUCAGAUGAAGAACAAGUUGAGAUUUAAUAUGAAGAAAAAGAUUGGCAAGUACACUUUUUCUUCAGAAGUUGAAUAAUUUUUAACCUUCUCAAUAUUCAAGAUAAAAA